AUGACUUCGUUCGCAGGUGAUUGUGAGAAAUCAGGUCAUGAAGGGGAUAUUGCGAAGAAGGAGGCCCAACUGGGGAUUCUGCCUUCACAUGGCCUUUCCCUAGAUGUUCCCGGCACUACGGAGAGUGGAAGACCUCCUCAAGUUCAGUACCUCUCCACUCCAGCCUACCACAGCCCGCUCAGACAUCACCGGCGCAAUGCUUCCCAGCACCGAGAAGUAAAGGAAACUUUGAACGCACGGUCCGAAUAUACAAAUAACGAGGAGGAUGGCAAAGCAGAGCACCACCUCAAUCAGUAUUUGAUCAAGGAUGAGAUUGGACGAGGCUCGUUCGGAGCCGUACACCUCGCAGUCGACCAGUAUGGGAAGGAAUAUGCAGUCAAGGAGUUCUCGAAAUCUCGAUUACGAAAGAGAGCACAGUCUAAUAUACUCCGAAGACCACAAAGCGUGAGGCCGCCGGGGCAUCUAGCUGCAGGAGUCGGUCUCAAUGCUCCUUUACAUCGGCGCUCAGCCUCCACGAUUCAAGAUGGCGAAGAGCAAGGCAAUCCUUUAUAUCUAAUCAAGGAAGAGAUUGCGAUCAUGAAGAAACUCAAUCAUCCGAAUUUAGUCUCACUGAUAGAAGUUCUGGACGAUCCAGAGGAAGAUUCGUUGUAUAUGGUCUUAGAAAUGUGUAAGAAAGGUGUCAUCAUGAAAGUAGGUCUCAAUGAAAAGGCAGAGCCUUAUGAUGUCGAAAGUUGCAGAUGCUGGUUUCGGGAUCUUAUACUGGGGAUCGAAUACCUUCAUGCUCAAGGCAUUGCACAUCGAGAUAUUAAGCCUGACAACCUUCUCCUCACUGAGGAUGAUGUCCUCAAGAUUGUGGACUUUGGGGUUUCCGAGAUGUUCGAGAAGUCCUCGGAUAUGAUGACCGCCAAAUCUGCUGGAUCCCCGGCAUUUUUACCGCCGGAGCUUUGCAUCACUAAACAUGGAGACGUCUCUGGUAAAGCUGCUGAUAUUUGGUCCAUGGGUGUAUCCCUCUACUGCCUCCGAUUCGGCAAGAUCCCGUUUGAGCGUUCAGGGGUUUUAGAAUUGUAUGAGGCUAUAAGAAACGACCCUGUCGAGAUCGAGCCCGAUUGUGAGCCCGAAUUUGUAGAUUUGGUGAACAGGCUGCUCGAGAAGGAUCCAAAGAAGCGAAUCGUAAUGGCAGAAUUACGUGAGCAUCCAUGGGUUACCAAGAACGGUGAAGAUCCUCUUCUAUCUGCCGAGGAAAAUACAGCAGAUUUCAUCGAAUCGCCAAGCGACAUUGAAGUCAACCAUGCUAUUACGACGAAGAUGAGGAAUCUCAUUGUUCUGAUGAAAGCAGUCACAAAAUUUAAGAAUCUGAUUGAUAAGAAAAGACCAGCAGCGUUUGAUGAAACUUUAGGUAAAAAUGUUCGGACCCUCCAUCUUACUGAUGGAUCUGUCACCUCCGAACCUGCGCUGCAUAAAUCCAGAAGUGUCGAUUUAAGUGACCGGCGACAUGUCGAGGCUGCUUUAGCUGCCGAGGGCGUCCAUCAUGAUGUUUUCCCUGCUUCCAACACACUUUCAUCCAGUAAGGUAGAUUCAUCUGUUGUGAUGAUUGACUCUCUUGGCCCCAAAGGUCAGGAGGCGUCACCCCGUCACAGGAAGUAUAUAUCAGCCUCUAGCGAAGUGCAGGAACUUGGAUACUCAGACUCGCGCUCGGCAUCUUCUGGCGAGAAAGGCCAAGCACAUGAUCCCUUGUCGGAAGAGCCCCUCUUCCUUGGCAUUGGGACUGGCGGGGACAGUUCACUGGACCUGCCGCAGAUUGAGACUGUGGCUGAAUCUCCAACGGCAGCGGAAUUCAAUAUCUACGACGUUGCUUAUAAACAGGAAGUGGAGCGUAUCAGGUCGGAGCAGGGACAUCGUGCCACGGUUUACCUGAAUCGGAGAGUUGACAGCAUGAAAGAAUAUAUAACAGACGCUAGUAUAGUUGACGACCCAAAGACGUCUGAGGUUAAAGGAAUGCCUCAUGGAGGAUGGGGUCAGCUCAUUGAUCGCCUGAGGGAGAGAAAAUAUGAGCAGCAACCGAGUGAUGUAGCAUGA